AUGGGCACGCUACUAGGGACAUGCAUAAACAACUUCUACGUGAAGAAACAGACUUGUUUCCAAUGUGGAACAAUUGGACACAUUACUAGAAAUUUCCCACAUCAUUUAUAUGUUUCUUACUACCAACAUGGUUGGCAGAACUUGCCAAGAGGGAGAUUCUCCAAAAGAAAUCCUUCGAGGUCACAUUCACGCAAUGGUGAUUGGAACACGAAAAAGGCCAAGAAUCAAACUUCCCAGGACGAGAAGGGAAUGUCGGACAAGAAGCCAAAUUCAAGAGAUGGUUCGAUUAAACAAAGAUCAUCUCGGCGACCGGUAUCAAGUUCUAAACCAUGUGAUAAGGCAUCCAUCCGAUCAAACAAGAAAUGGAUUAAACCCAACUACCGAUGGGCUCCAAAGGUUCAUACUACCAAAUCAUCUAAUGAUUCUAACACUUCUUCAUCUUCUGUGUCUGAUAAACAAGAUAUGUCAUGGGAUAGAGUACCUUGGGUAGAUGAUAAUGGUGAACUCAGCUUCAUAAUGGACUGGGUUCCAAAAGCUAACUAA